AUGAACUUUCAUGGCUCUGAGAAUAGCCCUCCCGCCUCGGUAAGCACCAUUGACAUCAGCGAUACGGGCGUCCAAGAACUUCCGGGCACCCGUGACGUUCGCAACUGCAUUGCCUUGGAGAGGGAUGUUUUUGUGGACAGGCAAGGUAGAUUUUACCAGACCAAUUGGGCGAAGGCAUUUCACCAUCGUGACAAUGAUGACGAGUACUUCGACACCGAGCAUUAUCUCACGCCUUUCGUCACUACUUGGGUCCAGGGUGUUCCAGACGACGUGAGGCCUCGAUUUCUUCGUGAUGAGGUACCUGACCAUUGGAAGUCCGAUGUCGACACCAACACCGGCUUACUUGUGGAGCCUGUUCACUUCCCUGACACAAUUAUAGGCGAUAAUUCCGCGCUGACGGGGGAAGAGGACUGGCGACGACGUAACUGGUCCAGCAAUCUCCUGAUUCACCGCAGAUUUGCUGAGCAACACAAGUACAAAAAGAAGAAGGGCCUCAGGGCUCAAGAACGUCAGCUGGCCUACAAGCCGGGGAAAGUGGAAGAGUACGUCAAGCCUGAGCCCCAGCCGGAGGAUGAAGCGACUGCAAUGACUCCUUACGAUCGGGGUGUUCCCAAGAUUCCGGCCUUCCUACGACCCGCCGAAGUGGUUGAUAUGAGAGCAGUCAGCCAAAUCUAUGAGGCUGAAAUGAGGAGUGGCUUUCAGGUUGUUGACUCGGAACCUCCUACGGCUGAAGAUUGGGAAACGGUCUUGCGGACCUCUCGUGAGUUCUCAAUGCCUUUCAUCGUCGCCGUCUACGGCAGCGCUCGUGGUUUGCGUUUGAAGGAGGGCAACCUUCAGUGGUCCGACGAACCCCAAGUCCCUUACAAUGAGCAGGACGCCGCAAGGCAAGGAUUUGUCAAGGGUCAAAUCCUUGGGUUUGCCUAUGCCAGCGUUUGGCAGCCAGGCAUCGCUGGCAGUGGACAAGGCACAAGCCGGUAUACGGCCAGACUCCAUGUCUGGGUCGAUCCCAAGCAUCGUCGGAAUAAGUUGGGAUUCUGUCUCCUCGACAAGCUGCUGGCUUUCAUGUCGCCCCCGCACAUUCCUCGCACGGGAAUCGAUUUUAUCGACAUCCACAACAAUCCGAUUUACCACAAGUUGCAAGAUGACGAUUUGAAGGGAACCCCCAUGGAGGAGUUGAAGAAAGAGGAGGCCAGACGGAACAGGCCCAGGAAGUAUUACAACGUCCAAAUCAGCUACAAGUUCAAGCACAGGCCCCGCUGGCAACUGAACAACCCGACACGACACCCAGCUCUCAAGGAUUAUGUCAAGGACUUGGACUGGGUGAAGAAGUUGUUGGAAGAGAAGCUUCCAUUCAUCAAGCUGGUCACAUUUGAGGCUGUCCAUCAGUCAUCGAAGCUGAGGGAGCCGAAGGAAGAAGAUGGCAACAAGAAAGUCUUCUGGCUCGAUGAGUUUGUGUGGGAGUAUUACUGCACCUCAGGCCUGCCUGAUUCUGAUGAUGGCUUCUAG